UCUAUACGUCCUAAAUAUUAUAAAAGUAAGGUCAACCGUCAUAAUAAUAUCAUAACUUGAUUGGCGUGCCUGUAUUAUAGUCGUAUGAUAUUAUUAUACUCUUAUCGUUUAGAAUUUUAGAUCGGUAACAUAAUAUAAUAUUAUUAUAUCAACUUCAGUCAACACUCAACUUACAGUUUACAAUAUUGACUAUUGAGUCAUUAAUACUUUAGGAUUUAAGGCGUCAUUGUCUAAAAUGGCGAAUUUCUCGUCACCGAUGCCGUCCAGAGAGUUCUUGUGGGACGUGUUUCAGAGGGUUGACAAAGAUAGAAGUGGAUUCAUCUCAUCUGAUGAACUGCAAAUGGCACUUUCCAAUGGAACAUGGACUCCAUUCAAUCCGGAAACCGUACGUCUUAUGAUAGGCAUGUUUGACAAGCAUAAUCGAGGAACUGUAUCUUUUGACGACUUUGGUGCCUUAUGGAAGUACGUAACUGAUUGGCAAUCAUGUUUUCGAUCAUUUGACCGUGAUGGCUCCGGCAAUAUAAACGUAUCCGAACUCAAAGACGCUCUAUCGUCGUUUGGUUAUAGACUCGGUGAACAAAUUGUAUCAGUUAUGCUCAAGAGAUUUGACCGCUUUGGUCGUGGCACUAUACUUUUUGAUGAUUUUAUACAAUGCUGUGUUGUGUUACAUACCUUAACUGCUGCAUUCCGUCAAUUUGAUACUGAUCAAGAUGGAUAUAUUACUAUUCAUUAUGAACAAUUUUUAAACAUGGUAUUUGGAUUGAAAAUUUAAAUGAAUUCCAUUAUUUAUUGAGUAUUUUUUAAUUUUUGUCUUUAGAGACGACCAGCAUAAAGGAUAAUUUAUAUUAAAAUAUGAUAUAAAAUGUAAUAUUUAAAUUAUAUGAUUACUUUGUCUGUUCCUUCUUGUGACACAUUGGUUUUUAAUACCGUCUUAAUGUGAUAUUUUUAAUCUAUCAAUAAUUUUACUAUUGUUAUACAUGAAUUAUUAAUUAUCAUAGUAAAUAUAUUAUAUACUACCAUCUAAAUAUUUUAUACAGUUUCAAUUUUAUUAAAAUAAACAAAAAUAAAUGUUGAAAAGAUUUUA